GGGUCAGUGUAUCCAGUUGUCAACGAUGACCUUAAGUUUAAGGUGAAAGCAAAGCGUGUCCUCGAUUCGCGCGCUAGUUACACCGGUAACCGAUUGGGAGUAGUACGAAAAAAGGGCCUUGUACUUCAAUUCCAUUUUGUGGAAAACGGCGAUUUAUCUCCGGAAAUCAUGCCACUUGGCGUGCCCGCCCAGAGAGCGGAUCCAACGUUCCGGUUGGAUGAGAAGCGAUGUACACCAUACCGUGUACGGCCGCCACCGGCUACUUACGAGAUAUUUAACAAGGAUCUGUCAAUUGACACGGGCAAGAGUAAGAGCAGAGUCGAAAGAUGUAAUAUUUCGAUAAAAAAAAUAUUUAUUCUCCUUUUUCAGGACAAGUUGCUGACAAAACUAGAGGAGAAUGAACCCGAGCUGGCAUCUUCGCAGGAAGAUGAGUGCGUGAUAUGCGUGAAUGCGAGGGCGACGAUGCAAACUGCGCCAUGUGGGCAUCGAGUAGUCUGCAGACGCUGCUUCGUCAAGACGAUACAAAUGGCAGUAUCACAGAGGCUUUUGCCACUAAGAUGCGUUAUAUGUAGAGCGAAGAUCCUACGGUUGAAGCAGACUCUCCUUCCGCGUGACUAUUCGAUGUCGGGUAAAUCCUGGGUACUCCCACAAAGCGCGUCGGAGUACAACAUGGGCACAGGCGUCACCGCCGGCGUAUCCGGACCUGGUGGCAGAUGGGGAACCGGAAGCGUACCAGCCUCCGCCUCUUUAUACUCGAUGGCCAGCGGUUCAUCCUCUAUUUCUGGAGUGUCUUCCGUCUCUUCGGCAACUUCCUCAUCCGCGCAUAGUACCGGAAGUUCCUCUCUCGGCAAACCGACAAGGUUACGGCAACCCAUAGGCGCCACUCUCAGACGUUCUCAGGCGCAAUCGAUGAAAAUGCGAAUUCAGGAAUAUCAGGAUCCAGUUCAACAAAUCACUGAGGAAGAGGAGAUCAUGCGGGAGAACCGAGAACGCCGAUUGCCACCAAUCAAAGAGUUCCAGAGGGACUACCGUGCUGGCAAGGCCUCGACUAGAAUCAGAUGUGCUCAAAAAAUCGUGACGCAGCUGGAAACGUCACCGAGCCCAAGAGGUGCAACCGCCGUUUCAACGUCGACAUCGUCGGCAUCAUCGUGCGGCCGGGCCGCGUCUAAGCGACCAGCGGCAGCGCCCAAGAUGUCGGUGGUCCAGGAAGUGCAGAAGUCGAAGAAGGAGAAGGAACGGGAGAAAGAGCGAGAAAAGGCAGAGAAGGCGCGACAAAAAGAGGAGGAGAAGGCAGAGAAGACCAGGCAAAAAGAGGCGAAGAAGCUGGCGAAAGAAGAGAAGAAGAGAGCGAAGAAGGAAGCAAAAAGCGCGACGAAGGAAGCCGAGGAGACCCCUCUCCUGAGGGACGAAAAGUAAGGUUCGACUGAUCGUAUAGAAAUCCCGAAAGAGAUAUCGUGACAUUUGUCGUUGUGAUACAGGUAUCCUAAAGAGCUCUCGAUAACUGACGACAUUCUUCGAUAUCUUGUAUUUGCGGAGGAUUGGUAGUACAUUUAGGAUGAGUUACGGAUGUUCGUAUACAUUAAUUGCAAUUGCGAGGACAGUUAAAGUAUCGUAUAGGGCACUGUUUUAGAAAUUCCAGCAGCCAGUCGAAUAAUAAAUAAUAUGGCCUAGCGCGAAAGUGAUUCUCCAAGAAGCGAACAGUUGGCGAGACUGUGGACAUCCCUGUUUGUUCAUGAAUCUAAGACGUGUAUGGUACAUCCGCUUUAGUGAAGUUAUAGUAGCUGACAGCGGAAAAUCUCGUCUCGAACAAUCCGUAACUCGUCCUAAUUUCCUCGUCAUCUUACAAGGUUCGCGAGAAGGCGGUGAGAAAAAGUAAUACCUAAAAAAAAAGAAUAAACUCUAGAAGCGGCCAAACUUAGUAACCCGUCAUAUCGAGUUAUCGCGGACUAAUACUAUUAUCGAUAGGAAAACUCGAAUAUAGCGCUACAAUCUAGAAUUCAAGUGAAUUAUGUCAACGUAAUAUCCUUAUUACUGCGAUUUUAUUUAUUCCGAGAUUCAUCUUCUACAACUUGUUUGAGUCAUUCUGCCAAAAUCUGCCAUAAGGUUUUAUUUAGUCUGAAGUGAUAACCCCUUAGAGUUAAUAAAGAUAAAUGCGCAAACGUGAUCUCUACCGGUUAUACAAAUAAUCAUUGCGCAAAGGUAUACUCGAUUCAUAUGAUUAGUUCACCUGCGCGACAACUAUCCUCACCGUAGCGUCUAAUCGUCGAUCGCUAAAUUCGCAAAUCGACAAUCCCAUUUAUCCAAUAAACUAGCCAUUACGUCCUCGUCUACGAAAUCAAGAAAAAACGCUUUGCUCUGAAUUAUUUUAUUCCUAUUGCAUCGUGAUAUUUUAUCUCGACACUGGAGAAAAAUGUUUGUGUGUGGAAUAAAAAAUACGUGCAACAUGCGGAAUUUUUCUAUUUUAUUAGUGAUAAAAAAAAAGUUAAUUUAUAUAAAUUUAUAUAUACUUUUAAAUAGUCUUUUAAUAUGUAAAAAAUCGUUUGUUUUUAUAAUCAUAAGAAGGUCUAACAUGCGCGAAGGUCUAUACGGAAAGAAUAGUUUUUUAAAAUUUAUUUAUAAAAUUAUGAUAGAA